AUGGAUACGACAAGGCGAAACGAUGUGGCGGGCAUUCACCAAACGAACCCCGACGAGAGCAUAUUUUCGGAAGGGGACGAGGAGAAAGAGGAGUUCAGUGAGGGCAAGUCCGUCGAAGGCUUUUGUACUUUUCACAUGUUUGCUGAGGAUGAAGAUGAAGAUGAAGAUGAGAUGUCACCAAAAUGCGGUACCCAAAUAGGAAGGCAGGAUGCACAAGAGACACGGACAGACUCUUGA